GAAGAUCGCUGUCGAGUGCACUACAUAGGUUGGCCCAGUAGGUAUGAUGAAUGGAGGCACAUUGGAGAUGUGGUGAACAUAGUUGGUGAAGAGUCAGAUGCUCCUUCUCUCUUCAAAACCACGCUUCAAAGCGAAGUUAAAAGAAAUCUUAUUGCCAGUCGCAUGCAAGAUCCAGAGAUACAUAUCCGCAUUCCUGUACAAAAAAGAUAACACACCAGGGCUAUUUUUGUGCUGUUAAAUUUGUGCGACAGUCUGGGAAAAAUUAUGAAAUCCCUGAGUAUAUAUGAGGUAACACUUCUCCUGUGCUUAAUACCCAGUCUUUGGGUACAGGUGUAUACUAACAAUGAUGAUUGGGUACUGCAUAUUAACGAUUAUUUUUUGCAUCAACUAAUACAAGAAAAUGAAAAACCAACGCUAAAGGAAACAACUCAAUCAGUACUAAUGAAGAUACUUGACGUGCAUGCCAUUGAUGCAGAAUUAGUGGAUCUUCAAAAGUUAUCAAAAACUAUGACCUAUAAAGUUCAAAAAGUUAAUCAGGGAUUCUUAAAGGCUAAGCGAUCUGGUGGCAAAACAAGAACAAAUUUUGAAGAAAAGCUGAGGAAUAAUGAAACAGUAUUUAUCUUGGGUACUGCUGAAAACAGGCUUGAACAUGAAAAGAGAACAAAACGAAGAAGAGUGAACGGGAAGAAGAAUAGAAGGGCAAAAAGACGACGUAUGGAUGACAGUGAUGUAAGUGUAGACCGUCUUGUUUAUGUAAAAGAUAAAUUUUGCAUAUCCGAUAAAGGAUUCCAUGAACUGUCUGCCUCCACUUCCUCAUUUCCCACGUUGUUCAGUGUAAGGAGGAGAAUGAAUGAAUUGAAUGAAACCUUCACUGUUAAAGUUCAUAAAGAAUUGAAAGUUGUUUCUCAGCCCCUUGAAGAAAAGAUAUACUUGGCAUUAUCUCAGAUUGAAGCGUUAAAUGAAGGACAUAAGCUCAUUAACAAUGAAACCAUGUAUAUUAAGAUCACUGGAGAUGGAACCUUAUUCGGCCACCAUUACAAUGUUACUAAUAUUGGAUUAUCUAUGUACACUGACACAAUGCAAAGCCCAGAGUAUGUUCUGAUUAUUGCGGAAGUGCCUGAAAAGUAUGAUCAACUUAAACCCGUCUUUAGUGAAAUUAUUUCCACCAUGACUAAUUUGAAGACCGUGGAGUAUAAUGGAAUCAAACUGAAUAUACAUUAUGUGUUUUGUGCUGACAUGAAAUUUGUAAAUGAGAUGAUGGGUGUAAUAUAUUGAUCAUGACAACGCCCUCUAGAAUAUAUUCUGGGAGU